AAGUUGUGCUCUCUUUUAGUUCCGGUCGUCCAUCAGCAAACAUGGCAGCCGAAGGUGAUGUGGAUUUGGAUUUGGAAGCCGAAGAGAAUUGCACUGAAAAACCGGCAGAAAAACCUCGAAAACAUGACAGCGGCGCCGCAGAUUUGGAGCGUGUUACCGACUAUGCGGAGGAGAAAGAAAUAUUAAGCUCUGAUCUGGAAACGGCUAUGUCAGUGAUUGGCGACAGGCGCUCAAGGGAACAGAAAGCCAAACAAGAGAGAGAGAAAGAGCUCGCCAAAGUCACAAUCAAGAAGGAAGACGUAGAACUUAUAAUGAGUGAGAUGGAAAUCUCAAGGGGUUUAGCCGAGCGCAGUCUGCGGGAACACAUGGGCAACGUGGUGGAAGCUCUUAUCGCUCUAACGAACUGAGCAUGUUAAACUGCGCUGAACCCCGCAGCCAGCUGCCACCUUACCAGCACCCCUUCCCUGCUCCAGGCUCAUGGACAAAACCUUUUCUUGUUUUUUUUUUUCUUUUUUUAAAUAAAAAAAAUAUUUGAAAUGUU